UUACACGCGAAUAAGGCUCAGGGUCCACUUUUUCCUAUCUAAAGCACGAUUAGAUUUGUUAGUUUACUGGAGAGAACCUUAAACUUCGCAUCCACCACGUUUACCUUCUGCACCUACCGUCAACGAGUUGACAGUUUCGGUGAUACCAAAACGGCGUCAUACGUAUCGACAGUUGUCCCAUUCUACCGAUAAUUUACAGCGUUAUUCUUUACGUUCUGUGUAGAAUUGAUGUCAUUUGGAGAGAGUCCCAAAUGAUUGCAGUAUAUGGCCGGACAAUUAAAUUUUGAUAAAACACCCUCGCAGGAACAUGACGAAGAACUGAAUUCGACUCAUCAAUCCUGCUGGUCUGCAUCAAAUGAUACCCCGAUUUCUGCUGGAUGGGUGACAACUCUUCUAAAACAGUGUGAACACUGGUGGACAGCCUUGCAUGAGUUUUGGAAAAACUGUCUUGUCCAUAACCUGCGUUCAUUUUUCCACCCGGCAAUUCCUCCAUCAGAAACUGUCCAGUUUCUUGAUAAUUUUGAGUACAUUGUCCACACGUCCCAGUUGCUUGUCGGAGAGCAUGGUUUGAAAACAAGAUUCAUUAAUAAAGGACGCCCCUCAGGCGAUAAUGUUCCUCCUAAUGUAAAAAGUUUUGGCCAAAGAGCUUUUUCGCAGACAAGGAAAGAAAUAAUUACAUACGGAGUUAUCUGUCUGCUUGUUUUCUACUGUUUACACUUUCAUCCAACCUUUCUUACUCGUUUUCUCCCUUCAUUCGCCCGGAAACUCAUUAUCCUUUGCACCCUCGGAAAUAGCGUACUUGUUUCUGGAAGUCGCUGGUGUGUCAGACGUUCGCGUGGUCAAGCUUUGCUGAAUUUGCAUCGACUGGUUGAUUCUAUUCAAGAUUUGGAGUAUGUGGUGAAUAAAGCUUAUUCAUCUAUCUAUACAAAAGAAUUACACAUAUACUUCAAGUCGCCGCGUUCUGAAGUCCCAUCCCCGGCGUAUGAGAAACGCCAUCACACUUCUUAUGUCGCAUUUUCAGAUGUCACGCUACAUCAGCUGUCCUGUUUAAAGCAAGCUUAUCAUUCAGCACUGAAAAAACUACAUCCUCUUACUUCACCAGCAUUGGAGCAAUUGCUUUCCCUGUAUCGUCUGCCUUCAAGUGAGCCUGAUGCCGAAGAAUCUAACUCCUCCUUUAGCUCACCAGUGACGCAGACUCGAGUUCGCCAUGUUGCAUCAUUAAGCAGCGCUUUUGACGGAAGUUCGAGUGAGGAGGAAGCUGCUACUGAAGUACUACUCCGACUUCGGGCUCAGUUUCGUGAUUUGGUCGUACUGUGCAAGCAGUUACUUUGCAACAUGCUCUCAAUUCAAUUGAAUGGAUCGCUACAAGAGGUGCUUGUCUGGGAGAGUGUUUUUCAAGCACUUGCCCGGCUUUCAAGAUCUCUUCGUACAACGGUGGGAACGAUUCAACAUUCAGCGUACGUUAGUGAUUAUGUUGCUCCGCAAAUGGAAGUUACUGAGUCAGACUCAACCACUGCGCGUCGUCGGAGUCUUUGUUUUCAACAAAAUCGAGAUUUAUACUCGUUCACAAAUUCUGUUCAACGUGUAGAAUUAAUUAUGUCUUUUAUUCUCGAGGGAUUCUCACAUUUGUUGGAAGAAAAGACAGAUUUCCGAACACAAACUCAUGCUAUUGCUACCUUUGAGGAAAUGGGUGAGAAAUUGAAGAAACUACAAACUCAAUGGGAGUCUUAUCGUUCCGUGAUGAAUUCACUCCAAGCAACGCAAAAUCAACUUCGAGUAAAACGUUAUUCCCGUAUGACCGACGAUUCUUAUAUUGCUUCAGAAGAUGAAGGUCUUGCGGAGGAUGCUUUUAUCUUUGACUCCAAGCGUUUUGGCUCUUUGCCUUCCUCGUGUUCAAAAGAUGGAGUGGAUGACAGCUCAGCAAGUGAAGACAUGUUUAUCGCAGCUGAAUCGAAACCAUUUGUCGGGCAUAUUGAAACGGUGACCAAGGCGGCGGUUGAUGUUGUUCAAGACGAUUUAAGUCCGUGUGUCGGGGAUCGAAAGAGUACUGCUCUUGAUGUUGAUAGUUCUCCGGCGCAUCAACGUCGGAAAUCUCAGUCGUUUGCGAUGAAUACUUUUACAGUAGUGGAUGAAUUAAAAAGUGUCUUACCGCAGCGCAAACAGGCGGAUAAGACUCAUCUCCUUUGUUAAUGGCCCUUUUUUCUUUUCUAAUAUGUAUAACUAUUAAACUAGACUGAAAAAAUAUGAAAACUUAAUGAAGUUUAGAUUGAAUGUAAAACAUCAAAAAACGCAAUGCUCAGCUUGUUUUAUAUAUUAGUCUAUUUUACUACAAUUAUGGUAAUGUUUAUGUCUCCGAAAUAAGAUUGGUACCUCUAUCUUUCUUAGCA